AUGUUUGCUCGAUCUGCUAUCCCCGCUUUCCGCGUCGCUUCGCGCACAUUCUCCACCCAGGCUACAGGUGCUGGCAAUGCCUCGGCUCGCCGCUACAUGGGCGCUGCCGCCCUUGCGGCCGGAGGUGCCUUGACCUACUCUGCCUUUGCCGCUCCUUCUGUCCACCUCGAAGGACCCACCACUAUCGCUGGCGAGCUCGGUACCGCCACUGAGAAGUCGUACGUCAUGAUCAAGCCCGACGGUGUCUCUCGCCAGAUCGUCGGCGAGAUCAUCUCCCGCUUUGAAAAACGUGGUUACAAGCUUGUGGCACUUAAGACAGUCAUCCCCUCGGAGGAGCUGGCAAAGGAGCACUACAUCGACCUUGCCAAGAAGCCCUUCUAUGCUGGCCUCGUCGCUUACAUCACCAGCGGCACUCCCGUCGUUGCCAUGGUGUGGCAGGGCAAGGACGUCAUCCGCCAGGGUCGUCGCCUCGUGGGUGCCACCAACCCCCAGGAUGCCAACCCUGGCUCCAUUCGAGGUGACUUUUGUGUCUCGGUCGGCCGCAACAUCAUCCACGCUUCUGACUCGCAUGAAUCGGCUACCAAGGAGAUCGGACUCUGGUUCCACGAGAAGGAGCUUGCCACCGAGUACAAGCCCAUCGCUUGGGACAUGAUCAUGGCUGACAACUAG